AUGUCGCUAACCCCGUUGCCAAGCCAUGUGAAACUGCAGCUUGGAGACGCACGAAGUCUGAAAGGUGGUCUUGGUUUGUCGCGCCGAUCCACCGGAUCCAGCAGACCAUGCUUCACAGGACCAGCAAUCCCAGGCGCUGCUCCUUUCCUGGCGGCGCCCCUGGGGCGCUGGACCCUGCGGGCAGGGAGGCGGCCCGGAAUGGAAGGGGUGCCAAUCUUCAAUCAGUUGCGUGAAAUGUGGCGAAGGAAACUGAAGCUUUGUGCCGUGCUGUCUGUGCUGAUGGCUACACUUUGGCUAUGGCAGGGGUAUCAAGGUUGGACAAAUCUCAGCACUUUCAAUGCUACACAGCCGUGGUACAGACGUUUGCCAGGCUCCACGGCCAUUGAAAGUUGGCUCCUGGGAACCCAUCCGGUGGUUAUGGCGCACGGACAUGCCCUGGCAGUCACCAAAAGCACCUUGCAGAGAGACUUUGCAAUGGACACGCGUUUGGUUGAUGAAGGGCAAUUGCAUCGAUUGCUCACUGCCUGCUUUUUGCACAACAGCGUCUUUCAUAUUCUCUUCAACCUGGGUUAUUUGUACACCGUGGCACCUUUGGAAGUGGGUUGCCGCGGUGCCUUUUUGAGCACGUUCCUCAUAUCUGGCAUCGUUGGCAAUCUGGCCUUCCUACACUUUGGAGAGGCACGUUAUGCCGUAGGUGCCUCUGGUGGUUUGUGUGGACUCAUAGGCUUCGAGUUGGUCUCGCUGCUGCGUUCCCGGAAGGUCCGUGAAUUCAAAGUCCUGCUACGGUCGACCUUCGGAAUGCUCAUCAUGGGUCUCUUCCUCCCAGGUUGCGCCAACACCUGUCACGUGGGAGGUUUGCUCUGUGGCUUCGCAGUAGCUCUGCUGGUGGCGCGGCGCAGUGGCUACCGCGCGCCUCUCCUACCGUGGCCCUUUCUGCUGGCGCUGCUGGCGCUGAUGCCGUUCGGGCGACGCUUCCUGUCGGCUCUGAUGCAAGCCUUGCUGGUUGCAUUCCAGCACCCAGGAGCUUUGGGACGUGGAUAUGUGAUUUGA